UAAUGGGCGGGUGGUUGUUAGUCCAGCAAAGAGAGAGUGGCGCGCUCAGCUUCAAUCGCACCUGGGCCGAAUACCGCAACGGGUUCGGCUCGGUUGACGCGAAGGGAAAGGGGGAGUUUUGGCUAGGCAACCAGAACCUCCACCUGCUGACUAAUCAGGGUGAGACCAUACUGAAGGUGCAAAUGGAGGAUUGGGAAGGGGGCGUAGCCAGUGCUGAGUACACAGUCAGGGUUGGCUCGGAGGUGGAGGGGUACCAGCUGCAUGUGUCUGGGUACACCGGGGAUGCCGGGGACGCUCUGACAAUGCCUAACUCUGACAUGGCGUCGUACCUGUCCCACAGCGGGAUGAAAUUCAGCACCUUCGACAAAGACAACGACAAGUGGGAGGAGAGUUGCGCAGAGAUGUACGGGGGCGGGUGGUGGUACAAUAACUGCCAGGCGGCUAAUCUGAAUGGGAUUUAUUAUAAAGGCACGUACGACCCGGAGAAAAACACACCGUAUGAGAUUGAAAACGGAGUUGUGUGGGCAACGUACAAACCGGCCAAUUACAGCUUGAAAACUGUUCGGAUGUUUAUCCGAUCGGCUGCUUUUUAAUUGGACAAAACAUGAUCACAUACCCUUUUUUAUAUGUGUAGUAAAACGAAAAUCAAGAGCAUGAAGUAAGACUCACAAGCGCACACUGAAGCUGGGUUAGCUAAAUAUUUGAGGCCAACAUGAGAAGGUGCUUUCAGACCUUUAGACUGUUGAUCUGUUCGUAAAUCAUUCUGGGAUUUCAAAAUCAUGUCAAACAGUUUCAUCAUGUUUAUUGGACUUGAUUCUUGUCAGCACUUUGUGCAAAUGUCGCUGCCCUGUUUCUGUAACCAGUGUUCAUGGAAUGACCUGAUGUUUCCAAAGUGUUCAACUCUGUGUGGAGCCACGACUGAACUCUGCUCAAUCAAUAAAGAUCCAGUGUUCACUUCA